AUGGACCAAGAUGGCGGCAUAGUCAAAUUCAUCCGAGAAGUAACGCCAUAUAUCAAGAAGCCAUCAUUAGUAUCAGAUCUGCCAUGGGAAGGUGCAGCUCCCCAAUCACCAAGCUUUAGUGGCAGUGAAGACUCUGGUUCUCCAAAACACCAGAACAGCACCAAGGACAGGAAGGUCAUUCCUCUCAAAAUGUGCUUUGCUGCUAGAAACCUAAGCAUGCCGGAUCUGGAGAACAGAUUGAUAGAGCUACAUUCUCCCGAUAGCAGGAACACAUUGAUCCUACGCUGCAAGGAUACAGCCACCGCACACUCCUGGUUCGUAGCUAUCCACACCAACAUUAUGGCUCUCCUCCCACAGGUGUUGGCUGAACUCAAUGCCAUGCUUGGUGCAACCAGUACAGCAGGAGGCAGCAAGGAGGUCAAGCAUAUUGCCUGGCUGGCAGAACAGGCAAAACUAGAUGGUGGAAGACAACAGUGGAGACCUGUUCUCAUGGCUGUGACUGAAAAGGAUUUGCUGCUUUAUGACUGUAUGCCAUGGACAAGGGAUGCCUGGGCAUCACCAUGUCACAGCUACCCUCUUGUUGCCACAAGGUUGGUUCAUUCUGGCUCUGGAUGUCGAUCACCCUCCCUUGGUUCUGACCUCACGUUUGCUACCAGGACAGGCUCUCGGCAGGGCAUUGAGAUGCAUCUCUUCAGGGUGGAGACACAUCGGGAUCUGUCCACCUGGACCAGGAUACUCGUUCAGGGUUGCCAUGCUGCUGCUGAGCUGAUCAAGGAAGUCUCUCUAGGCUGCACAUUAAAUGGCCAAGACGUGAGACUCACUGUCCACUACGAAAAUGGGUUCACGAUCUCCAGGGAAAAUGGAGCCCCCAGCAGCUUGCUGUACCGCUACCCCUUCGAAAGGCUGAAAAUGUCUGCUGAUGACGGCAUCAGAAAUCUGUAUCUGGAUUUUGGUGGUCCUGAGGGAGAACUGACCAUGGACCUGCACUCUUGUCCGAAGCCGAUUGUAUUUGUGCUGCACACGUUCUUGUCGGCCAAAGUCACUCGCAUGGGACUGCUUGUAUGAGCAGCAAGAAUCAGAAAAGAGCCUUGAAUGUCAUAAGAAGUAUUUUCACCUCAAAAAAAAAAAAUAGCACAAAAAGAAAUCUCUUUGCUCUCCUCCAGCACAGUGCCUUGACAAGGACCUGCGAAUCACUGCUGAACCCCAACCACGUUUAAAGAGGAGCCUGCCUUUCACAAGCUACCGUGGCCAGAAUUUCUAGGCUCUAAUAAGCUCCAAAAUGAAGCUGUUGACUUAUUGUUAGUUUCCUAAUGUGGUUUCUAAGUAAUUGGGUUUAAUUCUCCUGUUAAGAAGGUGGCUCGUUGUUUUUCUUUAUGGACAUAGUAAAAUACCCAAGAAGUGG